AUGCGGCUUUCUUACAUUGGACACCUACUUUCAUUUAUCAGCUACGGCACUGUCCUUGUUGACGCAAUCGCUAUUCCGGCUAGAAUGAGCAAGACGACCUCAGUGAAUUCGACCAAUAGCACCCAUGUAGAACUGCGGAAAAUCGAUUGGAGUGUCUCCAAAGGGGGUCUUGACGCAAGUCGAGAUGUUAUAUUGGCAGCGUCAAGCUCUGUGCCAGCCAUUGCUACAGUGCUUGGUUUGGUUCGGAAAGAUAAUGCUAAGAAUUCUUGCGCUCCUAUUAAAGCAAGCGGAGAAUCCAACAACGGGCAGCAAAAGUAUAACUUCAAAUACUGGGUCACUACUACUGGGAAGAACUGCGACACCACGGCAGAAACCAAGACUGUGGCUGCGGCUCUGGAUGGUGCUUGGAAUCAGGUGCACAAGGACAAAUAUAACUGGGCUUGCAUUAAGUUGAGCCAUGGGGGUACUUGGCACGGGCAUCUCGCUGUUGCUACUAUCGGUUCUAGGAAAAAUAUCAACACCAUGUGUAACUAG